AUUUAUUUCUAGUUCGACAUUAGAUUCCGAACCUCUUUAGUAAGAAUACAAAAAUAAUGUGAAUAACAUAUGAUAUUACAAUUAUUAUCAGACAUUAGUGUAUAUGAAAAAGGCUUAACAGUCAGGCUCCUAGGAAAUAAAAGGAACUAUAUUAUAUCAGUGAUAAAAUUUAUAACUGUAUUAAAAUUAUAACCCUGCUAAUGGCUUGAACAACAAAUUUCAGGUAGUAAGCUUUGGGACAUACAUCCAGCACAAGAAAUAACCAUGAAGGUUUUCAUGUUUACAUUCUUGAUAACAACACAGUUAUCAACUAUUUUAGGAACACCUCCAUAUUUGCCCUUCCAACACAAAUGCUGGGUAUCGGAUACAUCAUGUCUGACGUCAAAGGUGCAAGCAAUCAUGCCAGUUAUCUCUAAGGGCAAUCUUGCAUUGGGCACUGAACAACUAGACCCGAUGUUAAUAGACGCUUUGAACGUUAAUACUGAGAAUCUGCAAUUUUAUAUGACUAAUGUGGAUGUAAAAGGAUUCAAAGAUGCAGUUAUAGAUAUAGUCAGCAUUGAUAUGAUCUCUAAGGUCGUUCAAAUAGUGUAUCACGCAAACUUUUUGGUAAAAAGUCAAUAUGUGACCAAGGGCUCCUUGUUUGGACUGCCUAUUUUUGGAGAAGGCGAUGUAUCAAUUAAAAUGGCAAAUGUGGAAGUCGAAAUGACUAUGCCCUUCGAUAUAGUCACUGAUGGUUAUGGAAGAGAUGUGAUGGAUUUGAAGGGAUACCGUUAUUCAUUUAACGUAAGAGAUGGUGCGCGUUAUGAUCUUACUAAUCUUUAUUAUGGAGAUAAGACGUCAAGUGAUACAAUGCAUGGCUUAGUUAACAAGAACUGGAAGUUAAUUACCAUUAAAUAUGGAGGAUAUCUUUUUGAUUUGAUAAACCCUAAAGUAUUUGACACAAUUCGUAAUUAUAUGUCGUCGCAAGCUCUAUGCGACUUUGUAGAUUUGUCACCUGUUCUACAAAAAUGAUUGUUAAGAUCAAUAUAAUAAUUAUUUAAUUAUUAAAUGAGCUUUGAACUGA